GUGUACAAGUCUAAACCAGUGCUGCUUGUACUUUGGACAGGUCGAUGGUGGCAUGGCUGAAGCUUCACAAGGUGUCAACUCUGCUGUGGAAACGCGUGAUGCAUGCACAGGUACAGGCACUAGUAUCGGGACCAGCAUAGAACCGGACUGUUUCGGACCGUGUGAGCCUGGCACAAGUGUUAACCUAGAAGGCAUUGUCUGGCAAAAGCCAAGCGAGCCCGCUCGUGCCAUGAAGAGCAGCACGCCUGAUGGCCCGGCGACGGCCACCCCACCCAGCAGCAACAACAAUGACGUCAAGCCGGCGGUGAGCAGCAACUUUGACGAUGACAACAACGAGUGGGAGUUUGCUGUGAACGACCUCAUCAUAGACCUGGAUGCUGACAUCGAGCGGAACACCGACGAGAAAACACAGCGGGCGCCACCGCAGCAGCAGCAGCAGCCCGCCGCCGCCGCCACCGACAAACACGCGGCGGCGCCGGUCUCCGCGGACGACAGGACUACGUGCGUCGCGGAGCGAGGGGGCGCCACUGUGGUAUGCGCCGCUGAGAAAUUUGCGGCGUCGCCAACGACGACGAUGGAGAAGACUUGUAAGGGACGCGGCCCUGUGUCUCACCGGCGGGAGAAGGCCAAGGAGAGGGUCGUGCGGACCACCGCCGCGGAGCACACUCCAGGGUUCCCGGGGUUCUCCUCGGCGGGGAAGGCGGCGGCGGGGACAGUGGGGAAGCUCCCGUCUCCGCGCAAGUUUGAGUCGAAGGCGGGAUUGCCGCGGACUCCGGCGGGGAGUGAGGGCGCCACCGCGGCGGCGGCGGCGCGGGCGGCGGUCGAGCCACGGGGGCUUGCCAAGCUAGCACAGCAAGCGCAGGUUCACAUGAAACCCCUGGUGGGGGUCGCGCGCGGCGGCGGCAGCGGCGGCGACCACUCACACGUGAACGGUGCAGUGCCGCCGCCAGACGCGUGGACACAGAAACACGGCGGCCCCGCGCCACAGCCAGGGGGCACCACCGGCAAGAACAUUGCGAUAAAGGCUGCGAGCCUCAAUGUGGCGCUGGAGGAGAUUAGCAAGAAGAUCGUCAUUAAGCAGGAGAAGCAAAGCGAAACGUCAGGUUCCUGUCAUGCAUCUUCGUUUCUUCUCGUCCACAGCUUCUGCGAUUCGCCGACGAGUGACCUUGAGACGCGCACGCCCAAGGGUCGCGGCAAGCGAGGUCGCUCGUCUAACAGCGCUCCCAACGACCUCUUCAACUACACGGAGACGCGCUCGGGAGGGGUGCACAGCAAGCUACGGAACGGGGCCAAGGGUCGCCGCGGCGGCGGCGGGGGCGGAGGAGGAAGCGGAGGAGGAGGAGGAGGAAUGGGAAACCCGCCCCCUAGUCCCGCGAAAUCCGACGUUACGCCCGUCGGUACGAAGCGGCGAGUUAAGGACGGCGACGAUGAUGUCAGAGUGUUCAAGCGCAGCCGCAGCAACUCCCGCGGCACGCCGACGCCGACGCCAACGGUUGCCGGGGGCGACGGCACGUCCGCCCCUGCAUCGCCGCAGCUCAUAGAGUGUCCCGAGAGGAACUGCGGCAAGAAGUACCGUCACAUCAACGGUCUGCGCUACCACCAGUCUCAUGCUCACCUCGACGCCGCGGGGGGAGACGCCGCCGCCUCCGCGACGGCAGGAGGAGGAGGAGGCGGGGGGAAGCAGACGGAUCUGGAUACGGAGAACGAGGAGGAGGGUCACGACGUUGCGUCGGACGAGAGCCGACCCGUCACGCCCACGCCUCCCCCCUCCUCCUCCUCUUCCUCCUCCUCCUCCGCCUCCGCCGUCGCCACGGCAACGAAGCCGGAGGAACUCUUCAAGAAGCCGCUCAUCAACGCGACGACGACCACCGCUGAACCGCCCGCUGCCGGUCAGGGCUCCGUCGCCACGACAACGACGACGACGACGACAACGACGACGACGUCGCCGCCGGCGACCGCGGCCGCGGAGACCACAGCGGGAGAGAAUGUGGAGAAGCCGGCGUCCGCUCAGCACACUUACGCGGCGGCGGCGGUGGCAGUGCAGCACGCCCAGCUCUACCCGAACCUCCCCGUCUUCUCUCGCCAGCAGGUGGCCGUUCCCAUGGCAACGCUGGGCAGCAUCGCGAUCGCUCCCACGCCGGUGCCGAGUCCCGCCAUCAGCACGGUGUCCAUCGCCGCUCUGCCCGCCGUCACCGCCGCCGGCGCAGCAGCAGCAGCCGUCGCCGCCGGCAACACGGCGGACGCUGAGCGCAAGAAGAAAGGAGACAAGAGCAAGGUGCGGGCGAGUCCCGCUCGACCCCUCCCUCCCCCCGCCGCCGCCGCCGCGGGGGAGUGGACCAAGUCCGCCGGCUCCCCGACCGUGGCGCCCACGCAGCAGCCGCUGCAGGCGACCGUCGUGCAGGCGCCCUCUGGCGGGUCGCGGGCGGUGUCGCCCGCUGGUGGCUCUCACGCGGCGGCGGCAACGGUUGCUCCACCCCUGCUGAAGCCGAUCCAGCCUAAGCAUGGGAGCGACGCCGCCGCCGCCGCGGGCGACGUGUCGCCGGCCCCAGCGAGGCAGGAGAAGAAAUCUAGACCUGCGAAGAAACGUGCGGCGAAGGAAGGCGAGGGUGACGGGGCGGCGGCAGCGGCGCGGGCGUACGACGAAGCCGCCAUCAGCGGCGACGCUAGCGCCCUCCUGCAGGUGAAGACGGAGGCGGCAGCGGCGGCGGAUGGUGGACAGAGUCCCGCGUACUCGGACAUCUCGGACGCUAACGACAGUGCCCCCGUGCUGGAGCCGGAACUCGCUCCCGAGACGGAGAGCAAGGUGAAGGACGCGCCGCCGCCCGUCGUCGUCGCGAAACCCGCGGACACACAGCAGCAGCCGCAGCCAUUCUCUCCCGGUUACAUGUACAGCCCUUACUACCAGCAGCAGCAGCAGCAGCAGGCGUACAUGAUGGCGAGGGUGAGCCCGGGACCGUCCGCGAUGCAGCGUGACCCCGCCACCAAGCCUUCUGCCGCGCCGCGCGACGCGCAGAGAGAGAAGCCUGCCGAACGCAAACACGAGGAUUCCGAACCGAAGAAGAACCCGCGCGUGGAGGAAGCCGAGAGGAUGCAGCGGGAGGCUGAGCGAGCGAUGCAGCAGCAGCAGCAGCAGCAGCACCAGCAGCACCAGCAGCAGCAGCACCAGCAGUCGGUGGCAGUGAUGCGCCAGCAGCAGCAGCAGCAGCUGGUGCAGCAGCAGCAGCAGCAGUACAGCAUGGCGGCUUACGGCUACCCGUACGGGCAGUACGUCGUAGACCCGGCCUACCACAUGCACCUGAUGACGUCCGACCCGAACUACAAGCAGCAGUAUGAACGUUAUCUCAUGGAACAGGAGCGAAUGCGCAGCGAACACAUGCAGCGUCAGCAGCAGCAGCAGCAGCAGCAGCAGCAGCAGCAGCAGCAGCAGCACGGCGGUGGUGGUGGUGGCAGCGGUGACAGGAGCCAGGCGUUAGGUCCCGGGGGAGGGGAGCAUCGGAACCAGCAUCAAGCCGGCGGCGAACACAGACAGUUGGGCGGCUUCGAACAGAGACUUCAGCCCCCUGGUGGCGACCCGCGGCACGAGCCGCCCCCUGGUGGUGACCCCAGGCAUCAGCAGCUGGGCGGCGACUCGCGACAUGCGCCGUCGAUGAGCGGCGAGCACAGACAGCAGCCGUCAGGUGGCGCUCCCGGGCAGCGCGGCGACCAGCGUCCGAAGCCAGCGCGGUCGGGCGAGGCGGCGCGUCCCGAGAGCAAGGAUAGCUCGCUACGACCCUCCUCGCUCUCUUCCUCCUCCUCCUCCUCCUCCUCUUCCUCCUCCACCGCCGCCGCCGCCACGUCGCAGGGAGACACCGCAGCGAGGAAGCUUCCCUCGGAGAAGGAGCGGAUAGAGAACGCUCUUAAGGAGAAGCAGAACGAGAACCACGCGAUCCUGCGGGAGAGCAUCGAGCUCAAGGCUCAGAUGGGAGACGGCGCGCGCAAGUACGACGGCGCCGCCGCCGCCGCCAGCGCCACCUACGAGCAGCAGCAGCAGCAGCAGCAGCAGCAGCGCCUCUACCAGCAGCAGCAGCAAGAAGAGAUCCGACGCUACAUGAUGCAGGAGAGAGCGAGCGUCGAACACAAGCGCAUGGACGCGAAGCCGGGUGGAGGCGGCGGUGGUGGCGGCUCGCGACCCAAGGACUCCUCCCCGGAUCGUAAGAAGCCACGCACGGACACGGAGGGCAAGCUACGCACGGACGCGGAAGGGAAACUACGCACGGAUGCGGAAGGGAAGCUGCGCACGGAUGCGGAAGGGAAGCUGCGCACGGAUGCGGAGGUGAAGCCACGCACGGAUGCGGGGAGCGGCAGCGGCGGCGCGCAGAAGGAGCAGCAGUCUCCGUCGUCGUCGAUGACACGACCUCGCAGCCGCGACAGCAAGCAAGCGCGCGCCGACGUUAAAACCGAGGUGGGGGUGCCACCGUCGCUCUACGCCAGUCCCUACAUGCACCACCCGCAGUACAUGCCGCCGGCAGCGUUCGCCGCGCCACUGCACUUUGACCCGAGUCACCCGCUGUACCAGGGCGUUCCCCCGGCGAUGCUCUACCCCGGGGCUUACAUCCCGCCGCAGAUGCACUACCAGGUCCACGUUGAUCAGCGCAUGAAGGUCGAGAAGGGCUUGCUGUCGCCGGGGGGUGAGCCACCGAAGGCACUGGAGCUGCUGCAGCAUCACGCCUCACAGUACUACACCCACCAUCACAUGCAGCAGCAGCAGCAGCUGCAGCAGCAGCAGCAGCAGCAGCAACAGCAGCAGCAGCAGCCGCCGCCGGCACCGUCACAGCUGCCGCCGCCGCCACAGCAACAGCAGCAUCAUCAUCAGCAACAGCAGCAACAGCAGCAGCAGCAGCAGCAGCAGCAACAACAGCAGCACAAGAUACAUGAGCUGGCCGUGCCGCCGGAGAAGAAGGCUUCCCCCGCUCCGUCGACGCCGACGUCUCGUCCCGGCAGCAGCAAUGAGAAACCGAGGAGUGAUUACCGGGAGUCUCCUCCCGCGCAGAGGCACGUUCACACGCACCACCACACCCACGUCGGCGUCGGAGUCGGAUACCCCAUCGUACCGCCCGCGGCACCAAGACCAUUCGAUCCGAGUGAAAGGCCCUAACCCACAGCUGCUGCUGCUGCUGCUGCUGCUGCUGCUGCCACACUGCUACCAGACGCUAGGCCGAUGAUGCCGCCUACGUAACUGUGAUAAAGGAGAUCUUCUCAUCUCUUUGACGCCAUGUCCCGCAUCUUUGUUUCUGCCGACAGACGUAGCGCUGUAGCGUAGCACUCAGACGUGACGGACACGGACAGUGAGUGUGAGAGAGGGAGGCGGCGUGGUGGUGUAGCCCACGAGUGGAAGCCGCGCUGUCGUCAUGGUGACCGACUACACAAACACACCAACACGCGCGCUACUUUGCGGCGGCAGAUUCCUCCUGUGGAGUAGAUGGCGCCACAUGUAAUCCAGCCAUAUUGUGUUGGGUGUUUGAUAGCUAGACAUUAUCGGCAGUUGCUAAAAACAUGUCAGCUCUGCUCCAGUGAUGAGAGCUCGGCUUGUGAUUGCACAAGUUGCACCCCACCCUUGUACACUGCCGAGGCACCCAGCCAGGUUUAAGUGCUGGAAACAGUGCUGUACAUCAAAGAACCUGACAGUCUUUCAACUGCAAGCAGCACAGAUAUGCAUUUAUCGAUAUAUUAGGUAUUGUAUAGUUGUUGAAGCAUAUUAGUGUGUUUUGUGUCAAAUUGGUAAUUGCCAAAUUCCCCGGUAUGAAGUCCACAGACUUGGUAACUAAACUUCUGUAUAUUAAUUGUUCAGUCACAGUCAAAUGUUAACAUUUCAGUCGUCGUGUGUCCGGUAGGAAUGAAUGAGUUGUGAGACAGUAAGGCAAUUUAUUCUCAGAACCGGUCACUUAAACAGUGUAAGUACAUGCACUUAAUUGUUAUUGCUUAGGAAUAAAACUAACAGCGCAGUGUAUAAGUUUGGAUUCAGCUAGAUGCUGUAACCUGGGCAGAAAAUGUCAAAAGGAUUUUUUAUAUUCGUAAUUAGUCACCUGGUGUAAAGAUAAAACAUAUCUGUAAGGCAUUACAUGUGUAGCAGUUCGUUUCUAUUUUCACCUGAAUGUGAUUCUGUCAUGAAAUCAGGAUAAAAUCCUGUGUUUUGAAUUAAAAUCACCGAAAGCCCACAGAAAAGGUGGUGUAAUUUUUCAGUAAGCACUGUGGAUUCUCUCUUAUGCAUUCAUUGUUGACACUCACUAGUAGAAACCUAUGUGAUUGUUAAACUGUUGGAAGUUUUCCCUCCACUUCUAUUUGUUUUCAGCUGUGGUGUUGUGUUCAACAGUGGAUACCGCUGGAUGCAUUGCCAGCAAACGGUCGAUAUAUUUGCAGUGUUUGCUCUUUGUUCCACUAGGUGGCGCACAUUACUCUCUAGGCUAGUUACAUUGAAAUUACGCUGCCACCAACAUGGCGUUCCUAUGUAACGAGCAGAUUGUCCCUAAUAACUGGUAAUAUACUGAUAUGUACAUUCACUUAGAUCCAUAUACUGAUAUGUAAACUGUUGGAAUUUAAGGAGAUCCAAUAUGAUGCCCUUAAAAAUUUCCCACGAGUCUUGUUUCUAUCAAUGAUCUGCAUAUCCCCCUGAGUGCUAGUCAUCAUUGUUUAAAGAAUAGAAUAGCAGUUAAACCUGAAAGCACAUUUUGUAGGAGGGGCAGAGGGCUGGGUGAAGAAUUGGUACCAUGUGGUUAGGUUUUCCGCUAUCGUAGCAUGAUGACAACUACUGGGCCCAUCCUAGCGUAAAGUCGCAUGUGUAUGUAUGAAUGAGGUGGCAUGGUGAUUGUGUGGCACGUGAAUCAUAGCGAGAACAUGGAGAGGAGGAUAUGAACGUUUAGUAGACAUCGUUGAUGGAGACAGGAGAGGGUACAUUGUGGCUGAACCAAAGCCAUAUUGGAUUUGGAGACUGUCACUCAUGUAGACUGCCACCUCGUUGUUAGACUGCACCACCGUGUCAAUCGUUUUCCAGCUGUAAAUGGCAUUUAUUUCCCAGUGCUAUGCACUGUAUGUAAAAUACGGUAUAAAAACUUUGUUAAUAGUGUUAACCACAUCAUUUUGUGUCAUAUUUGAUCGUAAAACAUCAUUGGCUACUAGUGUAUAAAAGAGAGAGCACUUGCACUAAGCACAGCGGCUGUAUGAGCCCACACUGUACUUCUAUAGUGGCUCAGACUAUUAAACAGAUGUAUAUAUUGUAUUAUACUGGUGGCAUGAUAAAGCGUGAUAGGAACAUUCGUACACCUUCGUCUGGUUGAAUGCGAACUGUAUCAGUGUCAUAAUCCAGUAUGCGCACCAUUAUUUGCUAAAACUUCGUUCUGCCACCAGAGGGCGCCGUACAUUCUUCCAGCAGCAAGCAUAUCUGUUGGGAGACGGUCGUGAGUAACGCGAGGUCUGUCUCGCAGACAGCUGAAUAUGUGGCAAGAUGCAGCAAUGUAUCCACCCACCCAGCCUAUGUCACCAAGGCGCCUGGUGUGUGCGUGUUGCGUUUCUACUCGCUGGCAAACUCCGAUCGUCCGACAUUUUGCUUUGUGUCGUACCGUGUACGUAUACGGGGACGGCUAAUGUUUCGCUAUGACGUGUUGCCUUUAUAUGUGUAGCAGACGAGAGAAAAUGCGCGCGUUUCGCACGCAGAAACGAAGCAGUGACGUCCAAUGUUAAGUAAAAAUUUUUGUACGAGCGAAAUUACGAAGCGAAAUGCGUUAUCAAUCGAGUUAAGCCUUUUUCGUACGACAGCGAGCCAGCGCGGGUGCAUACCAACUACGCCGACAGACGCUGAGGGAUGCCAGCGGGGAUGGGAGUCUGUGGCUGCACUCUAUAUACGCAUCAGCGAGAGCGAGAGGUUUCCCACAGAUUUUAGAUGCUGUCAUGAAAGACAGGUGUCAUGCGUGCGUCACGAUCAGUGAGCCGGUAUGCCACCGCCUUCUCACUGACCCCCACACACACACUUUGUAUAUGUGCUCAAUGUAUAUUUUAUGUAGAAUGUAACGAAAAUCGUAAUGAAAGGCCUAAUAGUUUUCCAGCUGUGGAAACAGCAUGAUGUAACUGUAUAUCUGCAUGUAUAGAAGAAGUAAAAUUUUAAAAUUUAAUGUUUUGAAAAUA